UAUCACAGAUCAUCGAUUAAAGACAAAAACCUUCUUGAUUAUGGCCUCGAUACCACGAGUAGUACAAGUAGUGCUUGGACUUCACAAGAAUAUCAGAAUGCAUACCAAUGGUUAUAUUCUGAUUCUUCAGAGUUAAGUGAAUUAAACGAUAUUUGA